UGACAGUCACUGCAGAAAGUGAGGUUGGAAGUGCUCUGUGUUGUUCAUCUUUUGGUCUCAUUUCCCAGACGAUUUCCCCGUGAAAUACCCGUGAAAAUGCCCUCAGCCGAGGUUGUGGUGAGCAAGGUGAUCGUGCACCCGCUGGUGCUGCUCAGCGUGGUGGACCACUUCAACAGGAUGGGCAAAAUCGGCAACCAGAAGCGCGUUGUGGGGGUGCUGCUCGGGUGCUGGCGUGCCAAGGGCGUGCUGGACGUGUCCAACAGCUUCGCCGUGCCGUUCGACGAGGACGACAAGGAGAAGUCCGUGUGGUUCCUCGACCACGACUACCUGGAGAACAUGUACGCGAUGUUCAAGAAGGUGAACGCGCGUGAGCGCGUCGUGGGCUGGUAUCACACGGGCCCCAAACUGCACCAGAACGACAUCGCCAUCAACGAGCUGAUCCGCCGCUACUGUCCCAACUCCGUGCUGGUGAUCAUCGACGCCAAGCCCAAGGACCUGGGGCUGCCCACGGAGGCGUACCACGCCGUGGAGGAGGUGCACGACGACGGCACGCCGACGUCCAAGACGUUCGAGCACGUGCCCAGCGAGAUCGGCGCCGAGGAGGCGGAGGAGGUGGGUGUGGAGCACCUGCUGCGCGACAUCAAGGACACCACGGUCGGCAGCCUGUCGCAGAAGAUCACGAACCAGCUGAUGGGGCUCAAGGGGCUCAACCAGCAGCUGCGGAACAUCCAGAAGUAUCUCAUAAAGGUGGGCAACGACCAGCUGCCCGUGAACCACCAGAUCGUCUACCAGCUGCAGGAUAUCCUGAACCUGCUGCCGGACAUCACGCACGACAACUUCACCGACACGCUGUACAUCAAGACGAACGACCAGAUGCUGGUGGUCUACCUGGCGUCGCUCGUGCGCUCCAUCAUCGCGCUGCACAACCUCAUCAACAACAAGCUGACGAAUAGGGACGCCGAGGAGGGCAAGAAGGAGGAGGGCAAGGACAAGAAGGACAAGGAGAACAAGGAACUGAAGGAGGGCGCGAAGAAGGAGGAGGGCGAGAAGAAGGAGAAGUCCAAGGAGGAGAAGAAGAAGUAACAGUUUUUUUUUCGUCUUUUGGUCAAUAAAUUAACUCAUAAAUCAUUUUUGAAU